AUGAGACAAGACUUCGAAAAUUUUAGAACACCUGUAAUCCUACCUCCUGAACAUCCAGUUGUCUCUAAACUGAUUAUGGAAAAACAUGAACAACAAAUGCAUUGCGGAACUCAGACUUUAAUGGCAAUGCUACGAGAAAAUUUCUGGAUUUUGAAAAGUCGUAAAACUAUUCGUAAAGUGUUGAAAAACUGCACUAAAUGUAGAAGAUUUGAUUCGAGGCCCUCCACGGUACAAUCCGCACCUUUGCCAAAGGACCGUGUUAAAGAUUCUUCUAUUUUUGAAGUGACAGGUAUCGACUUAGCUGGCCCUUUGUUUUUAAAAAAUGGAUCGAAAACGUGGAUCGUUUUAUUUACAUGUGCUGUAUACAGGGCAAUUCAUCUUGAACUUUUAACGUCUUUGUCAACAGAUAACUUUUUAUUGGCUUUCCGACGUUUUAUAGCACGCAGAGGAAGACCUGAAAUUGUCUACACUGAUAACGGUAGUAAUUUUUAUUGGUACAAAUUCGCUCUUAAAAAUGAUUGA